AUCUCUUCAUAAAAACUUCUUAAUUCUAUUAGCAUUAGCGCCAGCACAGAUGGCGACAGAAGUGCGGUUGGGUCCGAGAACGCCCUGCAUCGUCUCAGCAGUGCGGACGCCUCUCGGGGCGUUCCAAGGAGCUCUAUCGUCGUAUACCGCUCCGGAGCUGGGCAGCAUAGCGAUCCGAGGCGCCCUGGAGCGCGCCGGCGUGCGGCCCGAGGACGUGGACGAGGUGCUGCUGGGCAAUGUCAUAUCAGCCAACCUGGGGCAGGCCCCCGCCACGCAGGCCUCUCUGGGCGCUGGCCUGCCUCCCUCCACGCCCUGCACGCUGGUCAACAAGGUGUGCUCCAGCGGGCUCAAGGCCGUGAUGCUGGCGGCCACAGCCAUCAUGGCGGGCACGGCGGACGUGGUGGUGGCGGGCGGCUUCGAAAGCAUGAGCAACGCGCCGCACUACAUGCCGGCGGCGCGCCGCGGGCUGCGACUAGGCGACGGCGCCGUAGUGGACGGGCUGGUGAAGGACGGACUAUGGGACCCCUACUCCAACAUCCACAUGGGCAGCUGCGCGGAGCUGUGUGCGGACCGGUACGCCAUCAGCCGCCAGAUGCAGGACGAGCACGCCCUGCAGAGCCACCAGCGGGCAGUCGCAGCCGCAGCCGCCGGACACACGCUAGCUGAAAUUGUGCCCGUGCCGCGGCCUGGCACCAUCGCAAUGGGCGCUGGAGCCCGGGCGCCCUCCCCCAUCUCCUCUGCAGCACCAGCCAACAUUGGCACGCCCGGCGGCGCCGCCUCUCCCACUGCGUCCACAUCAUCAACAGGUUCAGGGGGAGCAGCGGCGGCGGCAGGAGGGACGCCGCCGUCUCUGGCGGGUACGGUGGCGGCAGCGAUGGCGGCAGCAGCAGCUGCGGCGGCAGGGCCAAGCGCCAGCGGUGCUAAUCAGUUCAUCUGGGAGGAUGAGGGCCUGGCCAAGAUGGACCCGGCCCGGCUGCCCGGCCUCAAGCCCUACUUCCGCCGCGACGGCGGCGGCAGUGUCACCGCCGGCAACUCCUCGCCCAUGACAGACGGCGCGGCGGCGCUGGUGGUGGCGAGCUAUGACGCGGUGCAGCGCCUGGGUCUGCCGCUGCUGGCGGUGGUUCGCGGCUUUGCGGACGCGCAGCAGUCGCCCGAGUGGUUCACCACCGCGCCCGCCGCCGUGGUGCCGCGGGCGCUGCGGCGGGCGGGUGUGGAGGCGGCCGAGGUGGACUACUGGGAGGUCAACGAGGCGUUCAGUGUGGUGGACGUCGCCAACCGCCAACUGCUGGGCCUGCCUGCGGACAGGGUCAACGCGCACGGCGGCAGUGUGGCGCUGGGGCACCCCAUCGGCGCCAGCGGCGCGCGCAUCCUGGUCACGCUGCUCAACGUGCUGCGGGCGCGCGGCGGCCGUCUGGGCUGCGCCGCCAUCUGCAAUGGCGGCGGCGGCGCGUCCGGGGUGGUGGUGGAGCUGGUGGACCGGGGGCGGGCGGCUGUGGCGCCCCGGAGGCAGUCACAGCUGUGACCGCCUCAAGGCGUGCAGCUGUGGUUAGAUGGUCGGUGCUGGGGCAGGCGUGUACGGUCGUGAUCGGCCCGCGCCAUUGGUAAGUACGAUACUGGCAGCUUGGUAGCGGAGGGCAGCGGUUUGGAAGGAGGUUGAUGCAGUAACCGUCAUCAGAUUGGUGGUGGCAGUAGCAUCAGGGGCUCCCCUGGAUACCGUUGCAUGCUGUGUGCAGGGGAGGCACUGAAGGCUGAGAGACAGCGCGGCAUGUGUCGGGGGGGCGGUGUAAAUACCAGCCCAAACUACGGUAAACCAAACCAACUGAAAGGAGAGGGCGGACAUCUUGGCGAGGAUAGAACCGCGCUACGUGUUCGCAUUUCUCUGCACUGUAAAUCUUUAAUUAC